AUGUACAACACACUACAGUCGGAACUGGCACAACUUUCAAGAUCCGUGAAAAGCUUCGCGACUUCGGGUGCCUCUAUUUGGAUUCACAUGUUGGUCAACCACAUUUUCACCAAAGAGACAGAUCGGGAUGGAAACCAAGCCCUGGUCCGUUCUGUGAUUGCAUUGUCUCUGCCAGCUCGCUUGUGUGUUCCCGUUGGGUGGGGUGGUGUAAUCGGUUACUUGGCAGUGCAUAGAAUUCAGGACAAGAUUAUAAUUACCCUGGGUACACAAAGGCAUUCGAACAAGCAACAUUUGGCUUGCGAGAUACUGUUCCGUCCAAUCGAACAACCAUUGCCGUCACAUCUCUCGCCUCCAAUGCGAAGCUACCUACCCACCUUUCCAAAUCAUCGGUGGACGAAACUCUGGCAGCUACAACCACUGUACGACAAGUACGCGGUUCUUACAACGGAUAAUGAUGAUGGUGAUGAUGAUACAUUGUGGGUUUUUGGAGACAUCGGAGAUGCUGACGCCAAAUAG